GGUAAUAACAGCACAGGUGUGUUAUUGUUUAUUCAAGCAUUACCGUUUAAUUCAGUUUAACAAAGUGCUUUCAUGCAUUACAAAGAAAUUACCCAAGCGUUGGAAAUAAAUUACUUCGGUGGAGGGAAAUUUUGAAUUUAAAUAGCUCUAAUUCAGGAAAUCAUGUCUAUAACCCCAGGAAGAUGUGAUGUAUGAGAGAAUACCUGUAGUUAGGGCUUGGAUUUUAACAGCAUGGCAAGCGACGUUAAUAUAAAAAUGGCAAAAGCUGACAUGGAAAUGUUUAAUGCGAGCUCAAACAGGAGCAAUGGACAGGUUGCGGGGACAAAUAUAAAGGAUGAUGGGAAUGACAGUGGAUCAGACUCUGGUGUUAGGGUCAGUUACACCGGUGCUACUAAUAACAGAGGUAAAAAAUCUGAAACCCGUAGUAAACAAUCUGUGUUGGAAUAUUUCAACCUGAAAUCUACAGGUAAAAUAUCACCAAUGCCAGUACAGUCGCCAACAUCUGCUACAAGAAAGUCGGCAUGGGAACGAGCCCAGGACGCUUUCGAAGCUGAAGAUCGCCGUAAAAGGGCACGACGGAAAGAGGUUAAAAUUGAGGAUAUUGACGUUUUGAGAAAUGAGACUUGGUUCCAUCAGAGAUCAUACAAACAUGUCUUAAAGACGAAGCAGUUUAAAAAUCCAAAACUAGAAAAUCUUUAUCAAAGAUAUUUCUUCAAGUUAAAUCAGUACAAUCUCUCAAUCCUGAUGGCAGUUUUUUGCGCGAUUUCUGUUCUCAUGGUUAUAUUCUACUAUGUGAGUGGGGGAGUGCUACCAAUGCGCGGAGUAUGCCUUGGACUUAUUAUUGUGAUAUUCAUUUUUCUCGAGGUACUUUGUAACAGAAGUUCAUUCGAUCAGAAACAAGCUCAGCUCGUCUGUUACGCUAUUAUCGUUAUUUUACUUGGAUUUAUUUGUAUUAUCACAGCAGAUACGGAUCCUCGGUCUGCAUCGGACAGUGUUUGGUGUGCAAUACUGUUUAUGUAUAUGACUUACACUCUUUUACCAGUUCGUAUGCGUAUUGCUGUGCUAAGUGCCAAUUGUAUAGCAAUUCUACAUAUCAUCAUCACAGUGGUCAGAAAUUAUGAAGAUAAUUCUGUAUGGAAACAGAUUGUUAGUAAUGUCCUUGUAUUUAUAUGUGCCAACAUUGCCGGUAUCUUUACACACUACCCUACAGAGGUAGCACAGAGGAAAGCUUUCCUGGAAACGAGACGGUGUAUCGAGGCUCGUCUUACAACACAGAGAGAAAACCAAGAACAGGAGAGGUUGUUGUUGUCUGUGUUGCCGAGGCAUAUCGCCAUGGAGAUGAAGGCAGACAUUGCUGGCAAACCAAAAGAUACAAUGUUCCAUAAGAUUUAUAUACAAAGGCAUGAAAAUGUCAGUAUUGCCUUUGCUGAUAUGUGUGGGUUUACCCAGCUAUCAUCACAGUGUACAGCUCAAGAACUGGUACAACUGCUCAAUGAAAUAUUUGCCAGAUUUGAUUGUCUCGCUGCAGAUAAUCACUGCCUAAGAAUCAAGAUUUUAGGAGACUGCUACUACUGUGUGUGUGGAGUACCCGAGGCAAGAGCUGACCACGCCCAGUGCUGUAUUGACAUGGGUUUGGAUAUGAUAGAAGCAAUCUCGCUGAUACGAAAUGUGACGGGUACUGAGGUGAACAUGAGGAUCGGUAUUCAUUCUGGCAGAGUGCAUUGUGGGGUACUUGGUCUGCGUAAAUGGCAGUUCGAUGUAUGGUCUAAUGAUGUUACUUUAGCCAAUAACAUGGAAGCAGGGGGCAUCCCAGGGAGAGUUCAUAUAACUGAAGAGACACUGAAGUGUUUGAAUGGAGAUUUCGAGGUGGAGGAGGGGAAUGGUGGAGAUAGAAACCAGUAUUUACGAGACAAUAAUAUCAAGACAUACCUCAUCAAAAAUGGCCAACACCGGGAGAAAGAAAAGAUACCAAAACGUAGUCGAUCAGGUCUUCAUAGGCAGUUGACCAAUGGCAACCUAAGUAAAGGCAUGAAAACCAUGGGCUUUGGGGAAGAUGCUAAUGCCAAUAUUCAUAACAAGCUUGGUUUUGGAAAUAACUUGGAACAUAAAGAUCCUGACAAUGAGGUGAAUGAAUACCUUGGACGGGCUAUUGAUGCACGUAGUAUUGAGAGGUUACGUUCGGAACAUGUCAAGGCAUUUUUCCUCACCUUCAGAAAACCAGAUCUCGAAGAGAAGUUUUGCCGUGUACGAGAUACGAUGUUCACCGCUCACUUGGGUUGCACGCUAACCAUGCUUGUCAUUAUUUGUGUUCUUCAACUUGUUAUUAUACAAAGAACCAUUGUCAUGGCCAUUGUAUACCCAAUCGGUGUCUUCAUCACGGGAAGUUUGUUCCUUCUGAUGUUGUCAGAGGUAUGCCAGUGUACACCGAAAGGUCUGCGUACAAUCGCUACAAAGAUUGCCAUCACCAGGUGGCUUAGACAAGUGAUCCUUGUUGUUGCUGUUAUUGUGAUAUACGUAAUAGCUUUCUCUCCUGUGGUGCUGUUAGACCGAACUAGUAUCCAGUCAUGUUUAGCAGAUCAUUAUGGUAUACCAGAAAGUAGCCUUAACAACUCACUUAUAGAGCAAGCCAAUAUCUCAAUGGGGUCAGAAAUCUCACUAUGUAAUCCUGAAGUGCCUACGACACAUUACCCAGAGUAUAUAACAUUCUGUAUAUGUCUGGCUAUGACAAGUAGUUCCGUGUAUGUACACAGUUCCAGCAUCAUCAAGUUACUGCUCCUGCUGUGCCUGUCAUCUAUCUAUAUUGUCAUGGUGGAAGUGGAGUACUUCAACUUGUUUGACAAUAGAGAUUUACUUGUGCGUGCAAAUGUCGGGAAAGAGUUAGGGGAACCAGCCACAAACAUUCCACUGAAAUGGGAGACAAUUGUUAUAUUAAUAGUGUUCACAUUCAUACUUUUUAUACAUGCUCAACAAGUAGAGUCCACAGCAAGGCUGGAUUUCCUGUGGAAAGUUCAGGCAACAGAAGAGAAAGAAGAAAUGGAAAGUCUGAGAGCAUACAAUCUGAAACUUGUUGCAAAUAUAUUGCCACUGAAUGUUGCUCAACAUUUCCUCAAACGAGGCAACAAAGAGGAGGAUAUGUACUAUAAUGACAGUGACAGUACAUGUGUUAUGUUUGCGUCUAUCACAAAUUUUGCUGAGUUCUAUAUAGAGCUGGAAGGGAACAACGAGGGGGUGGAAUGUCUCAGGCUCUUGAAUGAGAUUAUUGCUGAUUUUGAUGAGAUUUUGGAGGAAACAAAAUUCAGAUGUAUAGAGAAGAUUAAAACAAUUGGUUAUACUUAUAUGGCAGCUAGCGGACUUACGCCAGAAACCAGCUACGAGGACAUGAGUCAUGUGGUAGCAUUGACGGAAUACGCAUUUACUAUACAGGAACAGCUCAGAAGUGUCAAUCAACACUCUUUCAAUAACUUUAAAAUGCGCAUAGGAAUGAAUGUAGGGCCAGCUGUUGCAGGGGUUAUAGGAGCCAAGAAACCUCACUAUGAUAUCUGGGGUAAUACAGUAAAUGUUGCCAGCAGAAUGGACAGCACGGGGAUACCUGACUGUAUACAGGUUACGCAGGAUAUGUACAAUAUUCUCGAACCUCUCGGAUAUAUGCUGGAAUGUCGAGGUAUGGUCACUGUGAAAGGCAAGGGAGAGAUGGUCACUUACUUCCUGGUGGACAGACCAUCUAGAGGAACAGGAUAAAACAUUUGUGUAUAUAACAGGACAGACCAUCUAGAGGAACAGGAUAAAACACUUCCUGGUGGACAGACCAUCUAGAGGAACAGGAUAAAGUAUUUGUGUAUAUAACAGGACAGACCAUCUAGAGGAACAGGAUAAAACAUUUGUGUAUAUAACAGGACAGACCAUCUAGAGGAACAGGAUAAAACAUUUGUGUAUAUAACAGGACAGACCAUCUAGAGGAACAGGAUAAAACAUGUGUGUAUAUAACAGGACAGACCAUCUAGAGGAACAGGAUAAAACAUGUGUGUAUAUAACAGCAAGCAAGGACUUGUGGUGACCUGUUGAAUGCAGUUUCAAGGUCAUCAAACAAGGUUCACAGGUCAUACCUACUGACUGAAGGAAUUGGAAAAUAAAUUUAAUUACAGCUAGCAAGUGCUUGUGAUAAUGUUUGAUACAGCUUCAAGGUCACUGUAGAAGAUUCAAGGUCAGAUGAUUUUAUGAAAAACUGCAUGAAAAAAUUAGUGGACUGAUUUAGAAUGAAAACAAAACGAUUCUUGACUAGCGCUUAACAAAUCAGCAUGUUACAGGUUGAAGGUCAUCAAGAGCACAGUCAAGGUCAUUUGAAGGUCAAGGUCAUUUGAGUUUUUUCCUGUAAAUGAAAGUGAAAGAAAAUGUGUGUUUUGUAUUGAUAAGAGUUCAUAUGUUGGUAAACUAUUGUUUUCCAAAGCAUUAUAUUUUACCAUGUGCAAUAUCGGGUGUAUUGUUACCUAAUUUAUUAAUGUAUGUAAAUAAGCAAAAGAUGUUAAUUGUUAUGAGGUAGCUUUUCAGCUGUGAUUUUUCUUGUAUGGUUACGUUUCAGUGUGUUUUGUUUUGUAUAUUGUUAGAAAUAUUUAUGAGCCGCACCAUGAGAAAACCAACAUAGUGCAUUCUGGUCAGGAUCCAUGCUGUUUGCUUUCAAAGCCUAUUGCAAUUAUAGAAACCGUUAGCGAACAGCAUGGAUCCUGACCAGACUGCGUGCAUACGCAGGCUGGUCUAGAUUCGUGCUGGUCACAAAUGCACUAUGUUGGUUUUCUCAUGGUGCAGCUCAUUUGUAUUCAAACUGCAUGUCUAUGAUAAUUAGAUGUGAUAGUUUGCUUCGUCUUUCAGGAGCCAAAAAUCUUAUUCUGAUUUUUUUUUCAGUCUGUGAUUUUCUCUAUAAAUCUGUGAUUUGCUGGAAAAAAUCUUGUGUAUAUCAGUAAUUAUUUAAAGACCUUACUCUCUUAUUCAUUGUAAUGUGGUACAUUUUGUAAAAUGAAUAGUUGUUAAAAUCUAGUGACUGUUAGACCAUUUCUAGUCGAACAUUUUCAAAUGAACUUGUUCAUCUUUCAGUUUGGACAGUACCAUUAACUGUAAAAAAAAUAUGGCAGACUGUGCAGAUCUUGAUCAGACUGCACAGAUGUGCAGGCUGAUCAUGAUCUACACUGGUGGCAAAGGCAGAAUCAAUAGUGUCCAGCAUGAUAAGGGUUUAAAAUAUUGAUAUUAUUUUUUUUUAAUACAUUAUGUUAUAUUUCUCUCUGUUUAAAAAAAAUGAAAUUUUUGAUGUUGAUCUUGAGUAAAAUGGUUUCUACAAAAUAA